GAAAAACAUACAACGUAUGUACGAAGUAUGUGUAGUACUAGUGAUAAUCAGCUUUUGUGUUGGAACAUAUACAGGUCCGAAUAAAAUAGCAAUUGUAAAUGAGGAACAAACUUAUAUCAAUAAAAGUUAUCAGCCAUGUUCGUAUCGUUCUGGAUGUCUUUUUUCAAACCUUCCAUGUCCUUUACUCCUAAGCAUACCUAACACUACAGAAAAGGAAUAUUACGCAACAACAGAAGAGGCGCAAGAUGGCUUUCAAAAAGGCGAUGUGUGGGCUAUAUUGCACUUCACAAAAAACUAUUCACUUGCUUUGGUAACUAGAAUUUUUCUGCAAGAAGCCACCGAUGAGGACACUUUACAGCAAAGUCAGGUAAAAGUGUGGCUUCGAGGAGAUUAUGCUAAUAACACGGUUGAUUUUCAACAUAUUUUCAAAAAAUUUAUAUUGAACUUUUGUGGACCAACUUUUAUAGAAGAAAACAACAUUGGAAUAUUAGUUUUUUAUGAAAAUGUUAUUAAUCCCGGAUUACAAAAGCUGGCUGUUGUUAACAAGGAGCUCAUUAUAGCCAAUGGAAGUAAUCAGUUUUGUUUAACUAGAGAAAGAGCCACAACAGCAAUAAUGGUUACUAUCGGACACUACAGUAAAAAAAAAGAUUUUAUAAAUGCUUAA